UUCAGGUCUUUAGUGUAUAUAUUAAUACAUGUGUGAGAAGCAGCCAUCCCUGUGACGGCAAGCAGAACUAUCGACUCCCGGAUUUGUUGGGCUUUCUGACAGCAUUCUAAAGUCAGGACAUCACAGACACUAGCUAUGAAACUGGUAUCCAUCUUUCUGCUGGUGACCAUCGGUAUUUGUGGUUAUUCCGCCACGGCCUUCCUCAUCAACAGUGUCCCUCUUCCUGUUCCCGUUGACAACCUUAUUCCCUUAUUUGACCCCUUGAAAAUGCUUCUGAAAACCCUGGGCAUUUCUGUAGAGCAUCUGGUGCAAGGGCUGAAGAAGUGUGUGGAUGAACUGGGGCCUGAGGCUUCAGAGUCUGUGAAGAAGCUUCUGGAGGCCCUAUCACACCUGGUGUAACAUCUGCAUGAAGACAGUAAAGGUGGGAGUGGACAGAGAA